ACUAGCAUUGCUCGUAGUUGCUUAACCAAUACUCUACUUGGAAAAUACUGAUAAAAUUAUAUUUUACUAAUGUUACAGUUGAAUAUAUUUGGAUUACAACCAUCACAAUAUUGUGGAGAUUGCGUGUGCCAAAAAUUAUAGAAAAAGGACGCGCUACGGCUGCAGGAGACCGGUUGAUUCUUCACAUAAAAUUUCAAUGUGUUCUGGAAAUGGUUUGCAAAGAGGACGUGGUAUCAUGGUUUAAAGAAUUGGAAAGCUAUAAACGCAUAGAUGCAAUGUGUACACUGUUAAAUAUGUGUUUACCAUUCGAAUUGCGCUUCAUCGGCACGUACCUAGAAGAGCUCGGUAAGCGGGAUUUUCAGGAGUUGCGUGGUGCCGAACUGAGAGCUAACAAUCCUACAGAUCUGGCUGCGGACAUAGGAGGAGCAAAUGCAGACCCUAGAACACGACGAAAAAUGGCUUUAUAUGUGUCGUUAUUACGAUCUUGUAAUUUCGCGUGCGCUACAACUCUGUACAAUGCCAUGGUCAGUUUGGAACAAAGUGGCCUAUUGAAGGGCUUAUAUGGAGAUUUACUCGAAGAAAUUUUAUUGUUGUAUACAAUGGCACUACAUCACCCAGCCUUCACAUUUGAUCAGAAAUCACAUUUUGGUGACAUUUUGGAAAAAUUAAAAUUGGAAGAUCAACGAAUGCAAUAUCCAGAACAGCAAGAACACAUAAAUGUAGUGCCAGUGAGUGGUGGCCAUACACAGUCCAAUAUCACCUCCAAUAUCACAGUUCCACCACCAUCCUUAUCAAACAUGGCUCCACCACCAGGUUUGAUGUUUGUCAAAACACCUGGGGUGCAGUGUUUCUUUCAGGCCCAAAACGCAGAUGUAGUGUCUGAAUUAAAUACACAGCCUGUACUUGGUGGAACUGGUGUUGUACCAAUUUUGAGUGAGGUACCACAUCCACCACCCGGAAUACCUAUACCACAAUAUCAUAAUAUUGGAGAUUACAUGGGACAACAUGCCUGGCCUACGAACAUCAUUGUCUCAGCCUUAAACCAGCCCCUAGAGGUAAUAAAUUAUCCUCCAGCUGCUGCUGCUCCAACAUCUCCCUUAGUUUCUUCACCAGGUGACAGUCGGGCAACAUCGCCACACUCUCGUCGAAGACUAUCUCGUGACCGAUCGCCGCCACUACAGUCUGUCACAUCUGGCCCUCCCGAACCGACCCCCCUACAAAUAUCUACCAACUUUGAAAACCUGGCUAUUGCAGAGAUGCGACACAAUAUAGGUGAUGAGAGAUUACGAGAACUCGGAAUUCAUCAGUACAGGUCUUUAGAAAAGUUGAACGGAGUUCGAAGAAGAGCGACAGCAUACUGCCCCCCCACACGAUCGUCAUCAGACAGUGGCUCCAGUGCGGCUUCGUCCCCUCCCGACACUCCCGCUCUGUCGCUACGUCGCGGUGCUCCUUCCGCGCCGCCCGUUUCUUAUCUGCAGUAUCCGAGACCCUACGCCUUCCCCACCCCUCCACCUGCCUACCGCCCGCCGCCGCCCCCCUUCGCGAACGGCGAACCCCCUCCGUACCCGGCCCCCACUCCUUACGCUGGAUUUGUGCCGGUCUUAUACGCGCCGCCGAAACUUUCCUGCUGGAACUGCGGCGCUGCAGGUCACGCAGGACACGAAUGUAAAGAGCCGAGCAUGGAAGAGAUGACGAGGGCAGGUGGAUAUCAGUUAGACUUUGGUGGUGCUCCGCCGGAGUCGACGGAGAAAUAGGUGAGUCUCGACUGCUGCGGACUCGAGCCGCCGACCGCGACUGCCGCGACCAUCGCGAUGACCGCGCCCACCGCAUCGGGUCGCGCGUCGGCCGAUAUUCUCAGUUAGUACCAAAGUGUCAGGUCUCAAAAUUGUAAAUAACGACCUGAAUCGGUCUGCACGUGCGCUGCUUGUACCCGGUGCUGCUCUGAUCCUUGAAAAUUCAAACAAAAAAAUCAUAAUGUACAAAACAUAAAAUGUUGAUGGAUAUCAUAUUGUCUACUUAGAAUUUGACUAUGGAGGUCCUCGUAUUUGCGUGAAGGCAAUUGCACUUUCAGUCCGGGUUUAGUUCUAUAGUACAUUCCAGAACAUUUAUGUAGAAAUGUAAAUGGCUUUUAUGGAACAUUAUGACUAGUUUAAACGCUUGUAAGUCAUUAAAUGAUUUACUUCCGUCGUAAACUUUAUGCGUGUUUGAGGUGUAGGAUGGUAAUUUAUUUAUAAUUCGUAAAUGAUUCGGAGUGUUAUUUUUCCUUCUGUUUUGAAAAAUUGAGUGUAUGUCCUUGACGAAAAUAAUAUUACAUAAUAGCCAGAAUAACAUCGCAAAAGCCAAGUGUUUCUGGUGGCGGGAAAAAAGGAACAGUUUUACUAUAUUCUGAACAAAAUAAAACUGAGUACCUAUCGUUAAAAUAGAAUUUCACAGAAAUUUUAACUAUACGUUGAAAGUGCAAUUACGCGUUAUUCAAAUUGAACCUUAACGGAGUGUAGAAUUUUGAGGGAAUUCCAUCUUAGGUUUCGAAAAAUGGGAUAUGAGUUGACUACUUUCGAUAUCUCGUAAUGCCGUUCUUUGAACAGGGUUUAAUUUAUAUAAUAAAAUAUAUUUCAUAUGAGUAAUUAUUAGCCCAAAACAGUGCCUCGAAUUAAGUUAGUAUAUCUAAUGCUACUUGCUGAACUUAAUGGUUCAUAUAGACAAAAUAACUUGUUUGCAAUUAUUCUCAAAUGUGGAAGUGCCAUAAAGUGCAAGUUUCAAUAACCGAAUAAUUUCGACUAAUAAUAAAUAAUGAUGACUUAAAUAUUUAAUUUAUUCGCAUCGUUAAUUAGUGAGCUUAGAACAAUAAAUAAUUAGCAAUGUGAUAAAUAGUUAUUGUAAAAUUGCAACUAUUUUAAAACACCUGUGACUUAUUAUGAAAGCAAUCUAAGUUAGUUACUAUUAAUCGGUGAUUAAAUGCUACUCAAACUUUUUCCUGUUAAAUACUUAGUGAUACGCUACUAUAGUAUUAAAAUGUUCUCCGGAAUGCGAUAUCGUAUUAUAAAGUUUAAGGACAUAUUAUUUAAAAAAAAAAUAUAACAAAAAAAAAACAAAAAAAAACAUGACAAUAUUAACUUUUUGAAUGAACAUUUAAAUUUUCAUUUGGCUCACCCUACAUAAAUUUAAGAUUUAAUUGGCAGCAAGAAAAAAGUGCGGCCAAUUUCAAAUUGGAUUGUCUUUUGGUUUUACUAGUCAUUGAAAGGAUAUGUUUAUUAUACUACUAAAUCCUUUCAUACAAAAUAGUACUUGUAACAGAAACAUUUCAUUGCCUAAAAAACUAAAUAAAAAAUAAAGUGCACACCAUAACUUCUAAGGCUUUUCGUUAGAUUGGACCAAUUUGUAUAUUCUUAACUGUUUUUUAAUCCAUUUAUAAUAAUAUAAUAAUUGUCGAAACGUUAUUGCAUGGCAAUAUUUUGAGCAACAUAUUUAGUACAUAGUGACUCAUGUUAGUACAAAUUGGUACAGUAAUUGGUGUGAAAAUAUUCUUAAAUACAUAGAUUAGGAAUAGUCAUAGGGGAGUUAUUGUAGUAGAUACUUUUAAAUUAAUGUUUUAGUUUAUAUUUGCUUCGAUGUAUAAUUUUGUGGAAUUCCCUAAAAUUCUGUUUUUGUAUAUUUGACUUUAUAUCCCAAAUUUUUUUUUAAUCCUUGUUUGACCAAACGUUUUUCAAGUGAAUCAAUCAGAGAGUGAUUAUUUUAAGACUGAUUCAUAAAGGUAGGCCUCUGAAUAAAAAAUAUGCAUAUGAAGAGGCCUUGUCAACUCAACAGUUUUUAUGUUAUUUAACAAUUAAAAUCGUUUGAAAUCUUACAAUUGGACUGUAAAAGUCGAAAGUUUUAUGACUACCCUUGAUUUUGUUCGACAGUGAUGAGUUUAAAUGAAUAAGGAUAAUGGAUUGUUUUGAUCAAGCUCACAAAAAAUGCAAAAUGCUCGUAAUAUUUAUAUGAUAGUCAUUGUAAGUAUUUACAACCAUGUAAGAGAGUUUACACGUCAGAAUGGAUGUGUUCAUAUUUUGUAAAUAAUUCGGUUUUAUAUUAAAUUAGUUACUGUUUAGAGAUUGAUUAUAUAUUUGUAAAUUAAUUAAAUUGUCAUUAUUUGAGUGUCCCCAAGUAUAAUCGAUAGUUUUUUUUUUAAGAUCACCGUCACAAAUCACAAAAUUGCAUUUCAAAAUCCCAGUUUUUUUUUAGUUCUUAUUUUGGGGUUGUAUAUUGUUUUCGCAUAAUUAAAUGAAAACGGAAAAUGUUUUAAAUAAACGAAUGGGUCAUGCGUGGGUGGGUACUGGGUGUUGCCACUGUGGCCGAUUUGUAUUUAUGUAGCUUGCCAAUUAUAAUUUUAUUUAAGUGCGUCCAUCAACCGCGUAAGCCGUAAAUGGAUCUUUGUUAAGUGUUUAAAGGCACGAACCGAUGACAGAAAUGACGAUCUGCUAUUUAUUAUAUUAAAUGCGGAAAUUAUGUCUUAGCACGAGAUUGGGUCUAAUUAUAGUUCCCUGUAAAUGAUCACGGUGUCUUGCGAUUAGUAUCAAUUUCCUGUCGAAGGUUGUAUGUCCACAUAACGUAGAUAUUGUGUUUUUUAUAUUAUCGUAAUUUUAACGUGAAGUUUGACAUGACUUACAUUAUUAUAGAUUAAACAUAGAAAAAAAAACUAUCGUAAUUAAAUAAGGUCGCCUAUUAAGUGUAGCCUCAUUGUGACACUACUUAUGCAAUAUGGAAUAGCGUUAUGUGCUGCAUAUCAUAGUAUCAAGUGUGAUAUUCAAGGAUUCUUUUUCGUGUGCUCAAACGCAAGCAAUCUACGUUUUAAUCGGAAUGAAACAAUUAUGUAUUAUUUUUUAACUAUACCCACAGAUGCAAUAUGAGUUAUAAAGUAUCAAAAUAUUGUUGCUCGUAUGUGCAGCUUCGCUUUGUACUAGGAGUAUGAAGGUAUUUUUUUACUUUGUACAGGAUGUUACAUAAAUGUGAUAAUGAAUUUUUUGACAUAAUUAGAUAUUGUGAUUUAGUAAUUUGUGUAGUUUAUAAAUAAAAUAUGAAACAGAAACUCGCUUUACUAAAUAAACUUUAUUAUUCUUACAGCUUAUUGUAUUAACGGUUGUAUACCUUGUGUUUUUGGUUUCUUUGUAAAUGGGUACUUGUACUAAGCUGUUGUACCGUCUGCUAGUGAGAAAUUUGUAUUCAGGAAAAUGAAUGUUUCGGCCCAGUAUUGUCAGAACUCUGUAUCCCACCAAUGCUGUGAAUCAUUUGCUUCCUGAUCAAUAAAACAAUUUAAAUCCAAA